AUGCUGUACAAUGUUGCUGCUUGGCGCGCAUUUUUUGCGAUAAAGUUCCAUGCGAAAAAGAGGUCAGACCAGUGUUUAUCUUUUGCCUCCACCAACCAAACCAUGACCACAAAUUUGUUGAAUGUUCCAUUCAAGCUGUCUCGUCCGCUAAAUUUAGGUGAAGAAUUGAGCAAAACAAUAAGUGAACGGUUUUUCCAGCCUGCAUCCUCAUUCAAAUCUGACUUAUCAUACCUCACAACACUUCGCAAUGAGAUUACCGAUUUUAGCAUCAAUACCACUGCAACAGGAUCAAAAACAGAGCUUUCAGCCCACUUGGAUAAAUUCUACGAUUAUCUAUCUAUACUAACCACAGUUGAGCAGAAAUUCCCGCACGAUUGUGUUGAAUUUGCUUGGUUUAUCACCAUAUAUAAUUCACCUAUUGGCCCUAUAAAGUUGCGAUCCUUCAAGUAUGAGAAAUUGUGCAUUAUUUUCCAAAUUGGUGUUUGUUACUCCCACCUUGCCUUGAGAGAGUCUAGGAGUACGGAUGAAGGGCUCAAAAACUCGUGUCAGUAUUUCCAAAAUGCUGCUGGAUGUUUUUCAAAUAUACUUGAAAUCGUUUCAAAUGAACCGUAUAUUGAAAUUUCUGGAGAUCUCAAAUACCAGACGAUAUCUUGUCUUAAGGAGCUCAUGCUUGCAGAGGCUCAGGAAACUAUUUGGCAAAAGGCAAGAAACAAUGGAUCUACCAAGGACUCGGUUAUAGCGAGACUUUCAUUUCAGACAUCUAAGUACUAUGCAGAUGCAUUGAAAUUCGCCACGCUGUCGGAUUUUAUCAAGUUGGAAUGGGUCAAUCAUAUUGCUGUAAAGAGGUAUCACUUUUUGGCUGCUGCACAUUAUAGAAGCAGCAUAGUGGCAUUAAAUUCGUUUCAAUACGGUGAGCAAGUUGCACAUUUACGAGUUGCAUCAGAGGCUAUUGCUCAAGCAUUGAAACAUAAGAAAUAUGUGAGUGAUUACGUGGUUGAGGAUGCGACAGGGUUAGCUGAAACCAUACGUUCUGCUUAUAAAGUGGCAGAAAAAGACAAUGAUUUGAUCUAUUUAAAGAUUGUUCCAUCGAAUAGUGAGCUCAAGCCCAUAAAUGGAGUAUCAAUGGUAAAUGCAAAUGAAUCUGUGAUUGGUGAACAUAUACAACCAAAAGCAUUGUUCAAAGAUUUAUUACCAUAUGUUGUAGUCCACUCAGCGCAAGCAUUUAAAGAGAGAACCGAGGAGUACAUCAGAGUCAAAGUAUACGAGCCAAUUCAAAAUCUAAACUACUCGAUUGGCAAAUUCCUCAAUGAACGAAAUCUCCCUGCCAGUAUUGAUGCACUUCAGCAACCUGAAAACUUGCCCGAAAGUAUCCUCAAUCACUCUCGAGAAAUUAUGAACUUGGGUGGUUUACAAGUGAUUGAAACUUCACUUUUGGAGAUUCAUCGAUUAAGCAAUGAAUGUAACACACUUGUUGCUGAAUGUCAAAAUCGAAUCGAUUUGGAUAAGCGUGAAGAUCAAAUGUUGAAGGGAAAACAAGGAGGUCACGAGAUCAAGCGGAGCCGCUCCGAUCAAACUGCUGCAAAAUUGUCUGCCAAGAUUCAAAGGAUGAAGGAGUAUUUAGCAGAAGCGAAAAAGGGGGACGAUGUGGUGGUGAAGAGAUUUUUAGAAAUUAAAAGUAUUCUUGAAGUUUAUGUUGGUGGAUUCCGAUCUUUGAACAAAUUUGUCCCCAAUUCCAACUACAUUAAACUCGAUCAGCGGAUUGCGGAUGUAGUCACUGACUUGAGAAGUCAUAUUGACCAAUUACAAUCACUUGAGUCAGAACGACAGAAAUUUCUUCGUCAGAUUGAUGUCAAGAUCAAGAAUAAUGAUAUAUUAGCCAAGUUGGUUGACGCAUAUAAACUGAAUGACAAGGACAUGUAUGAUGAACAGGGACAUUUCAACUCAUCCAAGUUUGAACUUGUGUACGAAGACCAUUUGAAAUCAUUCAAUACUGACUUGUCAUUUUUUGACAAGACUAAAUCAGAUCAAGAAGAUCUUGAGCGAAAGAUUGACAACAUAAACAAUAGAUUUAUUCAUGAAUACAAGUCGAUUGUGACAUCAACACAACGGAAUAGACAAGAUGCGUUACAGAGUUUAGAUACCGCGCAUGUGAAGUAUAAUGAAAUCUUGUUCAAUUUAUCUGAAGGUUCGAAUUUCUAUAAUGAUUUUAUAACAAAGGGAUCCGCGGUGCUUCAUGAUUGCGAGGACUAUUUAAGCAAGAGAAGAUUAGAGAGUCGGGAAAUUGAGAUGCUGAUUAUGAAACGAGAGGAAGGAUUGGGUCAAUUUGAUGAAGGAGACAGAGCUCUGUCUCCACCGCCCGUCAUUUCCCUGAUUGCCGUGAAGUCGAAUGUUUGGGAUCCAAAAUCUGAUAUCAAGUUUGGUUAA